CCUUUAUUGAACAGACUGAAUGGACUCGCCCAUAAGCCGACCUCCUCUUAUGUCAGUAGUCACCAUGGUGGCACACAACAGAGACCCGUUGCGGCGGAUUUCUCGUCACUUUUGAAAACCUUCAAAAUGUUUGAUAAAGAAAUACUCCUACUAACUCGAGACUGAAAAAGCCAUCGACUACAAUGGACAAUCGCUGUAAUUUGUGGAUACUUUCUUCCUGUACAGAAGGGUAUUUUGAACGGUGAUAGCCAAAGAGAGCAGAAUGCUGAAGAAUGCCUUUUCCUCCCCCCGAGACUGCAUAAAUACAAGGACGAUUUCUCCAGAAACGCAUUGAGCAGAGUAAAAACAAAAAACUCUCCGUCAGCACACAGAAGGAUCCACACAUUCAGAUUCCACGCAGGCUUUGGCGAGAGGAAACCGUGCUCAUCCUCCGGGAUCGGACCGGGAACGUAAAGAAACCCCGCGGCUUAGCCUGUGGCCUGGGGACUAAGCCUCGGCUGAUGGGCCAGUGAAGUAGAGGUGCAGUUACCUAAAUAUUGUAUCAUUCGCUGAAAACAGUUUACAGACUUGAAAGUUACACUGUUGGAUUUACGUUCCUAAUUGUGUUGCGGCUGUUGUCAAAGCAAUGGCGUCUUACGUGGAUAACCGCUUUCGGCAGGCAGUGAUGAUGAACCCGGCCGAGAGAACGCAACAGGACUUGGAGGUUGUGUAUUCAUAUCUGCAUGGAAUGGAGGCAUUGUCAAAUCUCAGAGAGCACCAGCUCAGGAUCAUGUGUGAAACGGUCCGAUAUGAAAGACAUGAAGCCAACGAGGUGCUCUACUAUCCUGAUGACAUUGGUAACUGCUGGUACAUCCUCCUUUCCGGAUCCGUCUUCAUCAAGGAGUCCAUGUUCCUGCCCAGAAGCAGCUUUGGCAAGCGCUCAGCCGGUAGCCUCCGCCGUGGAUGUGAGUGCAUCGUUCUGGAACCUUCUGAGAUGAUUGUGGUGGACUAUAUGGAUGAGAAUGAGGAGUACUUCCAGCGGCAGGCUUCUCACAGGCAGUCCCGACGCAGGUUCCGCAAGAUCAACCAGAAGGGGGAGAGGCAGACCAUCAUCGAUACGGUGGACCCCUACCCCACAGGAAAGCCCCCCGCAGCACGCGGAUACCACACGGAAUGCAGUAAAGCAAAGCUCCCUGCGGACUUCAGCAGAUUGCACCUGGCCGACGGACUGCACCCCCAGGGGACGCACGUGUCCUCUAGCCAAUCAGGAUGUAGCAUCACCAGUGACUCUGGAAGCAGCAGCCUGUCUGACAUCUACCAGGCCACAGAGUGUGAGCCGGGCGACAUGGACCUGAGUGGCCUACCUGAGACGGCCGUGGACUCGGAGGAAGACGACGAUGAGGAAGAUAUCGAGCGCGCAUCCGACCCCCUCAUGAGCCGAGACAUCGUGCGCGACUGCUUGGAGAAGGACCCCAUGGACCGCACGGAUGACGACAUUGAACAACUGCUGGAGUUCAUGCAUCAGCUCCCUGCCUUUGCCAACAUGACCAUGUCCGUGAGGCGGGAGCUCUGUGCUGUCAUGGUGUUCGCAGUGGUGGAGAGGGCAGGCACUGUUGUCCUCAACGACGGAGAAGAGCUGGAUUCGUGGUCGGUGAUCUUGAACGGCUCGGUGGAGGUGACCUAUCCUGAGGGGCGCGCGGAGAUCCUGUGCAUGGGCAACAGCUUCGGCGUGUCGCCCACCAUGGACAAGGAGUACAUGAAGGGCGUCAUGAAGACCAAGGUGGACGACUGCCAGUUUGUGUGCAUAGCACAACAGGAUUACUGCUGCAUCCUCAACCAGGUGGAGAAGAACAUGCAGAAGGUGGAGGAGGAGGGUGAGAUCGUCAUGGUGAAGGAGCACCGGGAGCUGGACCGCACUGGAACCAGGAAAGGACAUAUCGUCAUCAAGGGCACGACUGAGCGUCUGACCAUGCACUUGGUUGAGGAGCACUCAGUAGUGGACCCCACCUACAUCGAGGACUUCCUGCUCACCUACAGGACCUUCCUGUCCAGCCCCAUGGUGGUGGGAGAGAAGCUUCUGGAAUGGUUCCACGACCCAAGCCUCAGGGACAAGGUUACACGGGUAGUCUUGCUGUGGGUAAACAAUCAUUUCAAUGACUUUGAGGGCGACCUCGCCAUGACCCGAUUUCUAGAGGAGUUCGAGAACAAUCUGGAAAGAGAGAAAAUGUGCGGGCACUUACGACUGUUAAACAUCGCCUGUGCUGCCAAAGCCAAGCUGCGGGUGGUGACCCUCACCAAGCCGUCACGGGAAGCCCCCCUGGCCUUCACACUGCUGGGGGGGGCGGAGAAGGGCUUCCGCAUCUUCAUCGACAGCGUGGAGCCCGGCAGCAAAGCUGCAGAGGCCGGCCUUAAGAGAGGAGACCAGAUUCUGGAGGUAAACGGACAGAACUUUGAGAAUGUCCAGCUCUCCAAAGCCAAUGAGAUCCUACGGAACAACACUCACCUUUCCAUAACUGUGAAAACCAACCUGCUAGUGUUCAAAGAGCUGCUGGCUCGACCCGAUCAGGAGCACGAGCAUGACGGGGAGGACGAGCCGGACCGCAAGAACGGUGCGCCGCACAUCCCCAAAAUCGGCGACAUGAAGAAGGCGAGCCGGUACUCCAUCCCAGACCUGGCGGUGGACGUGGAGCAGGUGAUGGGCCUGGAGAAAGUCAGCAAGAAGGGCAAGGCCAACACAGUGGGCGGACGCAACAAGCUCAAGAAGAUCUUCGACAAAACGCUCACCAGCAUCCUACCCCCCAAACCCUACAAUGAUGUUGGUGUGGGCCAGUCUCAGGAUGACAGUAUCGUAGGCCUGAAACAGUCCAAGCAGAUCGCCCCAGCGCUGCCCGUCAGCGGGAACCUGUCCUCCAGUAACCCUGACCUGCUGCAGUCCCACCACCGCAUCCUCGACUUCAACAACCAGCCAGAGCCUCCUCCAGCAAACAUGUCGGACCAAGUGCUACGUGUGUUUAAGGCGGACCAGCAGAGCCGCUACAUCAUGAUCAGCAAGGACACCACGGCCAAGGAGGUGGUGGCUCAGGCCAUCCGUGAGUUUGCCCUCACCGCCGCGCCAGACGCCUAUUCGCUGUGUGAGGUGUCCGUCACCCCGGAGGGCGUGAUCAAGCAGAGACGCCUCCCAGAGCAGCUCUCCAAACUGGCAGACAGGAUACAGCUCAGUGGCAGGUACUACCUGAAGAGUAAUAUGGAGACGGAGACGCUGUGCUCAGACGAGGAUGCCCAGGAGCUGCUGAGGGAGAGCCACAUCAGCCUGCUGCAGCUGAGCACGGUGGAGGUGGCCACCCAGCUGUCCAUGCGUGCCUUCGUGCUCUUCUCCGCCAUCGAGCCCACCGAGUACAUCGACGACCUCUUCAAGCUGCGCUCCGCCGCUCUGGCUGCCGCCGCCGCCGCGUCCAAGACCGAAGUCCCCACGUCCAGCCUCAAGCGCUUCGAGGAGGCCAUCAACCGCGAGACCUUCUGGGUGGCCUCCGAGGUGGUGAGGGAGCCCAACCAGCUCAAGCGCAUGAAGAUAGUCAAGCACUUCGUCAAGAUCGCGCUGCACUGCCGCGAGUGCAAGAACUUCAACUCCAUGUUCGCCAUUAUCAGUGGGUUGAACCUAGCACCGGUGUCUCGGCUGCGGGGCACUUGGGAGAAGCUGCCCAGUAAGUAUGAGAAGCUCUUCAGCGACCUACAGGACUUGUUCGACCCCUCCAGGAACAUGGCCAAGUACCGCAACGUCCUCAACAACCAGAACCUCCAGCCGCCAAUCAUCCCGCUCUUCCCCGUCAUCAAGAAGGACCUUACCUUCCUGCAUGAGGGUAACGACUCAAAGGUGGAUGGUCUAGUGAACUUUGAGAAGCUAAGGAUGAUGGCCAAGGAGAUCCGUCACGUGGGGCGUAUGGCUGCAGUCAACAUGGACCCCGCCCUCAUGUUCCGCACCAGGUACGUCUGCCCAGAAGGCUCCCAAACAGCCCCAAAUGAUCCACCCUACCCCUGGGCAGAACGGCUCACAUGUCACGGCUGCAAUGGUUCAUUCACAGCUACAGGAAAGACUCACGAAUCGCCCUGAGAAUGACUCACUGGUCUCUGUGUAUGGUAUGGUGGUGGCUAUGAAUGUGUAUGUGUGUGUGUGUGAGAAAGAGAGAGAUUACUACCUUCACCUCUUCCAGGUCCAACUGUGCUGUGCAGGCUAGCUUUCGGU